AUGCCCAGGUCUACAGGAGACGUGGAAUCAACUACUCCUGAUCCUGAUUUUGACACUACUCUACAGCAAUAUCUUGAUCAACGAAAGAAAGGGAAACAAGGGUCAAAGAUUAAAAUGGGUGAUCUUCCUAUUAAAUCUUUGAAGAAUUAUUCGCAGCCCUCUCCGAGUGGUGUGCCUAUUGGCAUUGCUAUGCCAAAUAUUCAAGCAGCAAACUUUGAGAUCAAACUGGCGUUGCUCACUAUGAUCCAACAGAAUCAGUUUGCUGGUCUUCCAACUGAAGAUCCUACGCUUCACUUGCAAAGGUUUCAACAGCUCUGCUCUACCAUCAAGUUUCAGGGAGUCACUGCAGAUCAAGUGAAAGUUAUGUUGUUCGGGUUUUCUCUUCGUGAUAAAGCUCAGAAGUGGUUGAAUGAUAUCAAUGUGACCGAGUGGGAUGCAAUUGCUCAAGCCUUUCUCACUGAGUAUUUCCCUCCCAACAAAACUAAUGAUUUGGUUGACAAGUUGACCACUUUCAAACAAGAAUAUGAUGAAACUCUUAAGGAUGCAUGGGACAGAUUCAAAGAUAUUCAACGCUCGUGUCCUCAUCAUGGUCUUGAGAAGUGGUUUCUUCUCAAGCGCUUCUAUUAUGGUCUUGACUCCGAGACGAAGAGCACGGUAGAUAAUGCUGCAGGUGGUGUUUUUCUAGACAAAGGAGUUGAUGAUGGUUAUGCUUUUCUUGCAAAUCUAGCUGCAAAUCACUUCAAUAACCCGAGAGCACCUAAGAAAAGGGGUAAACUUGAAGUGGAUGCUUAUUCUCUUUUAUCAUCACAACUCGCAACAUUGACACAAGAGAUUCACUCGUUGAAAACUUCACAAGCCUCUAAUACUCAACCUAUGAGUAUUAAUGCACUAUCUUCUAUGGCUCCUAUGAAUAAUCAGGUUUGUGAAGUAUGUGGUAUUCAAGGACACCUUGGUAAUGAUUGUUUGUACAAUGUUCAGAAUGCACAAAACUUUCAGAUGGAGCAGGCAAAUGCUUUUCAGCAGAGGCAGCAAUAUAAUCCGUACUCCAACACUUACAAUCCGGGGUGGAGAGAUCAUCCUAAUUUCUCCUACAGGAAUAACAAUGGUCAAAAUCCUCCUCCAAAUCAGCAGCAACAAUAUCAGCAUCCUCAGCAACAACAAUAUAGGCCUUCUCAAGGGCCUAUGAACCCUCCUGGAUUUCAGAAACCUGCUCAACAACAUGCUCAUCCAUCUAGCCCAGCUGCACAACCUGAUCAGACGCAAGAGAUGUUAAAGUUGUUGAUGCAAGAAAUUAAAGACAUGAAAGUUCACAAUAAGAUGAUGGAGACUCAGAUUGCACAAUUAGCCAGCUCUUCAACUACAAGGCAACCUGGUUCUUUACCAUCUCAACCAACUCAUUCAAAGGAGAAUAUAAAUGCUAUUGCUUUGAGGAGUGGUCUCACAUAUGAUGGUCCUCCAAUGCCUGUGGAUGAUGUGAUUGAUGAGAAAAAAAAAGGAAAGCUCCAAUGA